UGUUGUUAUUGUCCAACAAGUUGGAAAAUAUGUUAAUCACAGUGUAAUGUAUAUAAUGUGUUUAAUAUUUGUAAAAUAGUAGCUGUUUGUAAUUACUUAUGUUUUUUUCUCUAUAUCUCCUAUUAGGUGUGUUUUUAGUAAUGUAUGUUUAUUUAACAUUUCGUAUGUUUGCUGAACAAGUUAUCUUACAUGUUCAUUAUAUCGGUAAACUCUGUAAAAGCCAUAAUAAUCUGCUAUGUGGCCGAUUUGAGCAAUAGUGGCAUCACAAUACUCUCAUUUUACUUAUCGGAGACGUUGACCCUGACGAUCUACCGGUCAGUUCAGUACAUUAACAUUGGCAAACGUUUCAAUCUGAUCAUCUCUCCAUUCAUAGGAAAAUCAACUCAUGCAGCAACCGAUGAAACUGUUUAUUCUGAAGUGAAACCAGGAACAGCUUUUGGUAAUAACGCUGCCACGUAAUUUGAACACUGUACUGAUUUAAUCUACAGAUAGUUAAAUGGGCUGUAACUCAUAAUAGCAUGUCAUAAAAGCAUCUUUACAUCUUGGAUAAUGUCUAAUGUCUCACCUUCUUGUGGUUUUCUUCCAGGUUUGUAAACAGAGCUGUAUCAGUGAAACAGAAGAGAAAUGGUUGACAACAUUUUCUACAACCAUUGUGUGCACUUCUGCUAUCCCGAUAUCAGACAAACUCUAUUAUUUUGUACCAUUCAUUUGUUAUUAGAUUAUAUAACAGAAUUACGUAAUUUGGAUUUAAUACUCUCUUUUAGCACAAAGCCCAAGGCUACUGUGUUGUCUUCCCAUUUAGAAUUUAGGCAUUCCAUUAUUAAUGGAGGGGGGGGUGUAAUGUAUUUGAAAUCAAAUGUAAAUCCACUAUGUACUGGAGAGUACGAUCUGAACACCUCAUCAUCUGGAAAAUUCAUAACAAUUCUGUCCGACUCUUUGCCUGGACUCUUUGCUUCCUGCUUUAUUUUGUAAACACUUACCUGUUGUGUGUUUGGCUUCUUAAACUUCCUGUCUUUGUGUUUUUUUUCCCACUGCCUUUUGUGAUUGCUUGCCCCGCCCUAAUUAGUUUCACCUGUGUCCUGAUGUCUUCACCUUUACUAGUGUAUUUAAGUCUCUUUUCCCUUCACUUCUUGUCAGCUCGUCUGUGUUUCUCUCCCUAGUGCUGCCUGUGGACUUUCUACCAUACGCUGGAUUAUGUGUUUUGUUCCUUAUUUAGCUCCUCAGUUAUAUUCCUGUCUGCCAUCUUGUUGGCCCUAAUGACUAAUUUCUCAGAAGCAGAAUGGCAACGUGUUGGUACUGGAUGUGAGGAUGGGACAGACUUUUCCCUUUGUGCUGUGGUUUCUCUUGCCAAGUACACUCCUCUACUGUGGACAUGCUCAGGAUGCUGUCCUCACCCUGGAGCCCAACUGGUCCACUUUUUUUACCGGAGAAUCUGUUACCUUCUUAUGUGACAUGGGGGAAGGAAAAGACACUGACUGGACAUACAAUAUAAAGAAGAAUGGCCAAGACUUUAUUCAGCACAAUACACACAAACGCUACACGUUACAACCUCUAUCUAAAGCCCACAGUGGUGAAUACCAGUGCUUUGGUCACCACCUGCGCUCAUAUCGUACUAAAAACAGUAACAUUGUCUCUUUGACUGUAUCAGAAGAUAAACCCAGGGCCUCACUGAUACCAGGCCCAACAACCAUACCAGCAGGAGGCAGUGUGACACUGACCUGCUCUGUGGAGGGCCCUGCUGGCUGGAAAUUUAGUUGGUACAGAUUUGCCUCAGGCUCUUAUGAUUUUCCUUUCAAGGUAACUGUAGAUCCAGACCGAGUGAUCAGGAUCUCACAAGGAGGCAAAUACUGGUGCAUUGGAAGCAGAGGAAAAACCACCUUCUACACUCAUCCUAGUGCAGAGGUCAACAUUAAGAUAACUUUUUCCAAUGUGGUCAGUUUGACUACACAACCCAACUGGCCCCAGAUAUUCAGGGGUGAGACGAUUACUCUUAUAUGUGAGAUCCAGGGAGGAGACACUGAGUGGGAAUAUGAAUGGAAAACUACCAGCUCAUACAAACCUCCAAAUCAAAACGAAUUCAGGAUUGACUCGGCUUCUUCAUCCCACCUUGGGAACUAUGAGUGUAGGGGCAGAAUAAAAAGUGCACAACAGUCUUCAACAGAGUGGAGCAAUUCCUUCAGUUUGACAGUAUCUGACAAACCCAAACCUGUCCUGACUGUGUCUCCAUUAUGGCCGAGUCCUGGAGCCUCAGUAACUCUGAGCUGCAGGGUUGAAGUCCCAUCUGCAGGGUGGAGGUUCUACUGGUAUAAGGCUGUUCCCAACCAAUCAGAAUACUCCUACAGCUACGAGCUGCUACCUGGUAACACCAACGGGACCGAACAGGAUUCCUACAUCGUCCAUGGGCCGACACACACGGCAGGAUAUGUGUGUAGAGCUGGAAGAGGAGACCCAGUGUAUUACACUCAACAUAGUGAACCAAAGAUUGUCUGGUCUGGAGACAGACCAAGUGUUGACCUGAGUGCUGGCAAAAGAGCCCUUCCAGUAGGGGGCAGUGUGGCCUUGACCCGUUCUGUGAACCCGUCAUCAUCUGGUGGAAUCACUAUCGGUACAGAGGCAAGAAAAACCUCUGAACCUCUGACGAGACAAGAUGCGGGUUCCCACCCAAGUGGACAAAGUGUCAGUAUCUCACAGGAAGGACUGCACUACUGGUGCAGAGGAGGAAGAGGAAACCCAGUUUACUACACAGAGUACAGUCACUCAGUCAGUAUUCACAAAAUUGAUUUUCAUCCAUCGGCGUCUCUCACAGUGAGUCCUGACAGAGUGCAGCACUUCAAGUCUGACUCCGUCUCACUGAGCUGUGAGGGAAACUCUACUGAGUGGACACUGAUGAGGUUUCCUGAGGGCGACUACUGGUCACACUGCUCUUACUGGGAGAGGAGAAUGACUGGAUCCACGUGCAACAUCCAUAGUCAUAAUCCUGAGCGAGUCACAUCCAAGCCGGUAAAAAACUUUCUACCCGCAGGUGGACGGACAGAUGAGUACAGAAACGUCACAUCUCAGAUUCAGGUCAAAGGUGUCGGAAAGAGGAGUGAGCACACACGAUAUGAAACAUCAAAAAGAAAUGAAUUGAGGUUUUCCACCUUUCAGCCACAAGAGCAUUAUGCAAUGGGCUUAUCCACAGUGGAAACAUUUCUUGGAAGCACAACGACAGUGUCAGUGCUGGAUGUAGACAUGGGGCACACUUUGUUCUGUGUGCUGUCAUUAUUCUUGCUGAAUACACGCUUCUAUGGAAAGGCUGAAGAACAUGUACCUAAGGCCACUCUGACAGCAGAUAGGACAGUUAUAGCAGCAGGGGGCAGUGUGACACUGGCCUGCUCUGUAGAUGGCUCUGCUGACUGGGUAUUUGAAUGGUACCGACGUACCUCUGACUGUUCUGAGGCUCAGUUCAUAAAAGGUGGUACAUCAAACCACACUAUCAGCAUUUCAGAAGAAGGCACCUAUUUCUGCACAGGAGGAAGAGGAGAACCAGUGUUUUUUACAGAAAAAAGCAAUGAAGUCCUGAUCCAGAAAUGUGAUAAAUCCUGGCCUGUCCUGACUGUGUCUCCAUUAUGGCCGAGUCCUGGAGCCUCAGUAACUCUGAGCUGCAGGGUUCAAGUCCCAUCUGCAGGGUGGAGGUUCUACUGGUAUAAGGCUGUUCCCAACCAAUCAAAAUACUCCUACAGCUACGAGCUGCUACCUGGUAACACCAACGGGACCGAACAGGAUUCCUACAUCGUCCAUGGGCCGACACACACAGCAGGAUAUGUGUGUAGAGCUGGAAGAGGAGACCCAGUGUAUUACACUCAAUAUAGUGAACCAAAGUUUGUCUGGUCUGGAGAUGUUCAUCCAUCAGCGUCUCUCACAGUGAGUCCUGACAGAGUGCAGCACUUCAAGUAUGACUCCGUCUCACUGAGCUGUGAGGGAAACUCUACUGAGUGGAGAGUGAUGAGGUUUUAUGAGAGUGGAUACCUGUCACACUGCUCUUCCUGGGGGAGAAUGACUGGAUCCACGUGCAAGAUGGAUAAUUAUUGGCCCAGUAAUGCAGUGUACUGGUGUGAGUCUGGAUCAGGAGAGUUCAGCAACGCAGUCAACAUCACUGGAAACUAUGAUAUUAUCUUGCUGAGCCCUGUCCGUCCUGUGGCUGAGGGAGAGUCUGUUACUCUUGGCUGCAAGUUGAGACCAGAAGAUGUUUUAACUAAUGUGUCUUUCUAUAAAAAUGACAAACUCAUCCAAAAUGAUACUAGACGGGAGCUGACUAUCCCUGCAGUGUCAAAGUCACAUGAAGGCUUUUAUAAAUGUGAACGAAAAGAUUCACUACAGGCUCGGAGGACCUGGACGUCACCAGAGAGUUGGAUGUCAGUAAAAUCAGCGUCCAGGCCUAAAAUCUCUUCACUCCCUUUGCCGUUGAUUGUUGUUCGGUCGGUUUUUGGAAUUUUACUGAUUAUUCUCCUGCUGCUGCUGCUGUUUUGCUGCAGAAAGUCAAAAGAUUCAGGGUUUAUCAGGUCUCAGAGCACCAAUCAGAGCUCUGCUACAGAUGACAUGAUCAACCAGGACCAGAAUCUGACCCCGGCUUGAUUUCCACUACUCUGAAGAAUCAACUCCUGCAGCAGCUGAUGAAACUGUUUAUUCUGAAGUGAAACCAGGAAGAGCUCGUGACCUAAAGAGAUAUCAG